CCAAUAGAUCACCUUUCGUUUGAUUCAAAAUGGAUAGAAAACGUGUCAAUGGACCCGAACUUAGCGUUGUUCCAGUCGAAGAACACACAGAAGAGAAGCAGAUUCUUGAUUCGAAGGAAAGACGACUAGACGGUCGAGGAAUCGACGACAUUCGACCGAUAUUCAUGAAGUCUGGCCUGAUAAGCCAAGCAAAUGGAUCAACUUACAUGGAAUUUGGAAACGCAAAAGUUGUCUGUGCAGUCUAUGGACCACGACAAAUGAAAAAACCAUCAUUCACAGGAAAGGGUGUUCUGAACUGUGAGAUUAAAUUUGCUACAUUCUCAUGUAAAAAGCGACGAGCAUUUCAAAGGGACGCACAAGAGAAGGAAUUUUCUCAAAUUCUGGUACAAGCAUUGACACCUGCAGUUCGGCUAGACCUCUUACCUAAAUCAUCCAUUGAUGUAUAUGUAAAUGUGCUUGAGAACGACGGUACAAGUUCAACUUUAGCGGCGGCAAUAUCUGCAGCCAGUGUAGCAUUGGCUGAUGCUGGUAUAGAAAUGUACGAUCAAGUGGCAGCAUCAUCAAUUGCUUAUGUUCAAAACAAAAUACUGAUGGAUCCAUCAGCACUCGAAGAAGAGAGCGAAGACGGAUCAUUAGUUGUAUCAUAUAUGCCUUCUCUUAAUGAAAUCACCCAUAUUCUGCAAAAUGGAAAUACAGAAAGUGCCAUUGCUAAUAAGGCUGUCGAACAGUGCAUUGACGCAUGCUCUAAAAUAUACAGUGUCAUGUCCACAGUUCUGUUACAAUCGUUAGAUACAAGUGAUAAAUAAAUAUAAUUAGAAAAUCUGGCCAAAA